ACUCCGACCAAGCCACUUGGAACGUAUAACGUUGUGGCCACCUACACACCAGCGCUUGCGGAUGAGAUUGAGAUUGGUCUCGGAGACUCUGUGACGAUCCUGCAAGAGUUUGACGAUGGAUGGUGUAUGGGAGUUAAUAACACGAGAGGCGGCGCGAAGGGAGUCUUCCCGAGACAUUGUGUUGAA